UGGCGUGGAACCAAGCAAUCAUGUGAUUUUGGGAUUACGAAGAAGCCAGUUUCGGUGUAAACGUAGGAAGUGAUGCCUUUUCCGCACUGCACAUGUAGUACAGGGAGGAAAAGAAGAACGAGAGAGAGGCGAAAUGGAAAGUGAAAGAGACCACGUGAUCUCCGCCAGCCAAUCACGAGUCAUGCCGAGCAGCGUCCUGGUGUGGCUGAGCGAGCUGUGCGAGCGCGUGACGUAUUAUGGGAUACUAUCCAACAUGACGGACUUCGUGACGUCACCGUGCUUCCCCAAACCGUACCACAAGCCGUGGAUCUUCACGUGGGUUUUCACGACCUUCGCCUACGCUCUGACGUUCUUCGGGGGUUGGCUCGCCGACACAACUGGCAACCGCUUCUGGACGAUUAUGGUCAGCCUGUGGAUCUAUCUCGUCGGCACAGCUCUACUCGUCGCCUCCUCUAGCCUGUGUGGCUCCGCUCCGGACGGAAGGGUGUCUGGCCUGUACUUCGCCGGCCUCACCCUUGUUGCCAUAGGAACGGGAGGCAGCAAGUCCAACCUGGGUCUGUUCGGCGCCCAGCAGUACAAAACGUCAGGAGGGGAUGUCAACAUCAAGCUGAGAGGCUUCUUUCACUGGUACUACUGGUGCAUCAACCUGGGAGCUACCAUUGGCGUGGUGGGGGUGCCCUAUCUACAAAAGCACGUCAGUCCGCUGAGCGGUUACGUCACGAUCUGUGUCUUCCUCCUACUCUCUGCUGUUAUCUUCGCCACCGGCCGCUUUACAAACUCGUACAAGCAAGAAAACAGCACACAUGAACUCCAGAGCAGGAUCGUCGCUGGUCUACUUCAACCGAGCACUAGAACGCGACGUACAACUCAAGGAAGACUGUGGAGUUCGACCAUCCCAAACGAGGUGUGGAAACUGAUGCAGAUAUUUGCAACUCUGAUACCCUACUACGCUAUCUACUCACAGACAAGAACGACCUACCUGUUUCAAAGCGAACGUCUGCGCAUGCCUGAGGGGUCAGAGGCCACGUACUUCAGCGCCAUUAACAGCGCCGUUAUCCUCCUGAUAAUCCCACUCAUGGUCUGUGCCGUGUAUCCCCGCCUGACGAACAAGAACGUACACGUUUCUCCACUAACUAUGAUGGGAGUGGGAAUCCUACUGUCCACACUAUCGGUGCUGUCAGCCGAGGUUCUGGAAGUCUACCGCCGGCAGCUUGUCUACAGCGGACACCACUUCCAGCAGACAGUGGGGAACCGCACCCUCCGUGCUGCCGACCUGAGCGUGGCGGCCCAGGUCCCGCAGUUCGUCCUGUCAGGCAUCAGCGAAGUCUUGACACUUGCCGUGGGUUACUACUUUGCCUAUACGGAGGCUCCGCCCGGCUACGAGGGAACCAUCAUGGGAGCGUAUCUACUGAUGUGGGGGCUGGGCAGCGGCCUCAACCUGCUGCUGACCGAGACAGUCAACGCUAUUUGUGAAUACUGA